AUGGUGUCCAGGAGCCAGUCGAGUCUGGGCUUCCUGGAUGCGGGUCAAGACCCCUCUGCUGUGACGGGGGGUGUCUCUCCAUCUUUUAAUCAACAACCUUCAUCUGGACCUAUAAACCUGUCUGGCUUGGUAUGCAAUGUGCGGCGAACCACUGGCAAGGAGCCUCACCCCCUGGUGGGGGCUACCACAACAAUUUUGGGGGAUAAAUUAUACGUUUUUGGAGGCCGGAUCCUCUCACGCAGUCGUCCCAAGUUGACUUCGGAUCUUUAUGAAUUAGACUUGAUCCGGAGACACUGGACUAAAAUUGAGGCGACAGGGGAUGUCCCUCCGCCUCGUUAUUUCCACAGUGUAUGUGCGCUCGGAGAUAAUAAAUUGGUAGCAUAUGGCGGUAUGUCUCCCGCUCCGGCUACGCCCAAGGACCCUUCCAAUACCAGUGCAUCUGGCUCGGAAGGCCAAGCUGAAGUAGUGGUGAUGUCGGAUAUUCACAUCUUCGACGUCCUAUCACGAGUGUGGACACGGGUAGCCGCACACGAAUCCCCGCAAGGACGAUACGCACAUUGCGCUACCAUUCUUCCUUCUAGUGCCUGUUUUACAUCUGCUAGUGCCCCGCUCUCAGCUAUUCACCACAACCCUGAAUCUGCCACACCUCACCAAGGCAGUAUUGGCGUUGAUAUUAAUGGGUUCGGUGGUGCUGAGAUGGUGGUCGUUGGCGGCCAGGACAGCUCGAAUCAUUACAUUGAGCAGAUUAGCGUCUUCAAUCUCCGCAGUCUCAAAUGGACCAACACUAGCCCUCUCGGACGCAGCUGCGGGGCGUAUCGUAGUGUCGUCACACCCCUGGUAGGUAUGGAUGUCUCCGAGAUUGGGUCUGCUUCACCCGACCGGGAGACAUAUGAGCCUAUUGAUGAAUCCGAGUCUCCGGGGUGUCCAAUGUUGAUUUAUUCUAACUACAACUUCCUGGAUGUCAAACUGGAAUUGCAGGUGCGCCUGCCGGACGGGCGCCUUGUCGAGCGACCGAUGCAGAGUCAAUCAUCUCCGCCUGGCCUGCGAUUCCCCAAUGGUGGAAUAAUAAAUGGUCACUUUGUCGUGAGUGGCACAUAUUUGACCUCUUCAAAGCAAGAAUAUGCUCUUUGGGCUCUUGAUCUGAAGACCCUGACUUGGGGCCGCAUUGACGCUGGCGGAUCAGUGUUUGGACAAGGCAGCUGGAACCGCGGCAUCCUCUGGCCACGACGCAGCGCAUUUGUGAUUCUUGGACAUCGCAAACGUAGCCUGGUCGAUGACUACAACCACAGGCGAAUCAACUUCUCGCAUAUUUGCUUGGUUGAACUGGAAGCUUUCGGACUGUACAACAACCCCUCUCGAACCGCUUCGACCUCGGGAUAUAAGUCAUACAGCUCACCUUCUGUCCCUGCAUCCUUGCAACAAAAAUUGUCGCAACUCACUACCAGUGGACGACCAUUGUCUGCUGCAUCAGACGAACUAGGGAAGUUAGCCCUCUCAUUGAACGAAAUGGCCGAUAUGGAGCUGCAAGCUGUUGGUGGCGAGCGCAUUCCUGUGAAUUCCCGCCUUCUUGCCCGCAGAUGGGGUCCCUACUUCAUCCAGCUAUUACGUGAAUCUUCCGAGGGAGGAAUCGCCGAUGGCGGCACUCUGCGCCCUGCCCAAAUUCACCCAAGUCGAAACUCCAGCAUCACCAUUACACCUUCCGUUGGUCAUAAUAGCAUGUAUUCCACCGCAACGACCCUGGUCAAUCCAUCUGCCCCCCCCAAAGCCCUCCUUGAGAACCUGGAAGCCCCCUCUGCUCAUGGCCUCGCGCCAACCGCCCGACCCCGCGUGCUCUACCUACCACAUACCAUCCUUACACUCGAGGUUCUCGUUCAAUACCUGUAUACGUCUGCCCUUCCCCCUCCAGGCUCUUCUCUAUGCACACCACAGAUUCUCUGCUCCCUCCUCCAACUUGCCCGACCCUACCAAGUAGAUGGACUACUGGAAGCUACCGUGGAACGACUACACCAAGUUCUCGAUGGCCGCAACGCCGCGGCAGUGUUCAAUGCAGCAGCCAUGGCAGCAGGAGGUGGCCGAGGCACCGGCUUUACCGGUGGACUAGGCGGUACUCUAGAAGCCCUUAAUGGCUCAAACAAUGGCAAUGGCUCCAUGCACGAUGUCUCGGAGGGUACAAACUCGCACCAAAGUGCCUUGAUAGCCUCUGACUCUUCCGAUACCGAGCAUGGCGCAAUGCCUCCCUCCGCUGCCAGCAGCACCGGCGAUCUCACCAACUACGCACGUGGUAUUCCAUCCCUUCGCAUCGACACCAAUAUAUCUCAACGUGGCCGUCAACAUCGCAGCGCCCACCGUGAACGUGAAGACUCCAUUAGCACCGCAAGCACCGCCACCUCCGCCUCCAGCGCUAGCUUCAGCCAGUCAGACUCUGAGUUUGUUAGCGAUAGCGAAAGCCGCUCACAGUCGCGUACCCAUCACCGCCGCAACACAGACGCUAGUCGCCCAGACCGCGAGAUCUGGACCGGUGACUUGUCCAGCGUGAUUGGACUCCAGAAACGUGGCUUGCGCGGCCUAAUGGAGGGUCGCCGUAUGCGUGAACGGAGCGCAAAGCCUCCCAGCACAAGCAGCGGCUCAACAUCUGUGCCUCCUCAAUCUGCUGGCUCAGGGGAACAUCAGUUCUCUAUGCAGGGCGCGGCUAGCUGA